GCAGAGAUGUCCGAUACAGAAUGUGGCGCCAUUUGUGUGCGCAAAGAUGUAAUGGACAAAUUCAAUAUAAUAAUGGAGGAAACCAAGCUCGAUGCUAACGAGCUAAUGGAACAUUUUUUUGGACUUUAUAAUUGAUCUACUCAGGAUGGAAAGUGAUAGUUCUUCAUUGGGUCUAAACUUAAGCCUCAAAAAGAAAAACAUUGUAGCGAAGAGAUCGAAAUAUUUUUUGUCAAACUGUGUGAAGCUGGUACACCCAAACAAAACAGCCAUGGCCCAGAAUGCAGCUGAAGGGUUAACAGCUCAACUUGCUCAGGCUCAGAUGGUACAACAGCUGCAGCAGCAACAACAACAUAGACAAAUCUCAUCUGAAGUUAAAACAGAAAAUGAUGACUUCAUCCCUGUGGGCAUGACCUACAACAACAGUAACAUGAACAAUAAUAUGGCAGACAGCAGUAGCAGUAGCAAGAACUCUUCAAUCAGUGAGAAUGAGGAAGUUACUUGCAUAGGGGUCACCCAAAUCGGUGCAGAUUGUAGUGUGGAGGAUAAGGUUCAUCUCCUACAAAGAUUAAGAGAUCAGGCCAAUGCUGCUAAUUUUAACAGCAGCAACAAUGGCCAGCAUGGUGGCAGUUACCAACAUUUUAACACUUUUUCUGGUUCAAACAUGGGCCCACCAUCCAUGGUACCUUUGUCAGGUCCUGGAAACUACUCUGGGGAUUCUGGGGUCCCCAGGAAACGCAAGAAGAAACCAAAGAAAGCCAAACUUCUGUCUUCACCUGCCCAGGCAGCCUCACUGACGGAAGGUGAAGAUCUAUUGAAAAGCUCCAUGUGUUCAUUAUGCCAGGCAGUGUUUGCCCGGUUCACUGACCUGCUGGCCCACCACAAGGCUGUCCACAACUCGGACACCAACCACCCCCUCAGGUGUCGGGCCUGUGGGAGGACGCAGACCUCCGAGGCUGGUUUGAUCUACCACCAGGUGUACGUCUGCAAGAUGGUGGAGCGGCCUCACCCCUGCCAUAUAUGUGGCCUCAAGUUCCAGAGCGAAGAGAUGGUGCUGGUCCACAAGUGCAGUGGCUGUCCUCGUAAGAAGUACGCGUGUGAGUUCUGCGACCAUUACCGUACAGAGUCCUCUAGCGAUCUAGAAAAGCACAUGCGUAUUCACACGAAUGAUAAGUGUUAUGUUUGCAGGGUGUGUGGCUUCUCCACCGCCUGGAAAAAAAAUCUGAAAGAGCAUAUGGUAAAGCAUUUAGGCUUGAAGCCGUACGUGUGCGACUUGUGCGGGUACAGCACCUCAGAUAGACAUAACCUUAGGGCUCAUCGCCUGAAGCACUAUCAAAAAGGUGAGGGUUGUGAGAAGUGCGGGGGCGAGUGCCACUGCAAACCUCUGGCUAUAAAGAAGAGGAAGAUGAGCAGUGGCAGCGCUGGGGAUGGCAGCAGUAGUCCUGGGUCUGCCGGGGGUAAGGAGCUGGAGUGCCCCUACCCCCAGUGCGUGUACCGCACUAAGCUGGAGUACAUGAUGGCCAACCAUAUGUUGCGGCAUCAGGGUAUGGCUGACCACAUGGGCAACUCUGCAAACAACACCAGCGGUGGCAGUAACAACAGUGGCGGAGGGAGUUACCCCAACAACCAGCACAGCCAGGACCAGAAUAAGAGCUCGCACCAUCGGGGUCAGGGGGUCAUGACCAACAGCGGUCAGUACGGAGGGGGUGGUCAUCAUAACGCCUCAUCUCCUGCUUCCUCCAUACCAUCAUCUUCCCUCCCUCCCACAUCAUCAAUCCCAUCAUCCCAAAGCAAUCCCCCAACACUGAUAUCCUCCCAGGGGAACCAGAUCCCGCUGGAGUGGAAAGCUAUCGGGCAGGGCCCACCACCUGGUGUUUGUGGAGUCCUCUCCCCACCCACCCACUUUUCAACCCUUGUUCAUCACCAGCAAGGGGCCCUAACUCCCCAGUCCAUGAGCGCGUGGGCAUCACCCCUCUCACCCCCCACUGUACCACCAGGACUUCUGGCCAACAGAGUCAAUGUUCAAAUGGCCGGCCAAAACAUGGUCGCCCGUCCCAUGCCUGUAUUCCCUAACAUGCCUAACUGACUACAUCUCUAAGAAACCACGCCAUUUCAUAUAAUUAUCAUAUGUGGUGUGUACUCAUUUAAAUCUUCCAUUCUUUGUCAUUUUUUUGUACAAUUUCCUUGUAGUUAAAUGUUUUCAAUUACAUUUUUAAAAAAAAAUGAGUGUUUGUGAAUAAGGUAUGCAUUUUUUUUUUUAUUUUGACUUUUCAAGACAAAUUUUUAAAGAAACAUGUUGUUUCUAAAAAUGAUGGUGUAUCUGUAUAUUGAAAAUGUUACUGCUUUAAAAAUAUAAUCACAAAUGUGUGCUUAAGUUCAUUGAAUAAUUAAAUUUUAUUUCAUAUUUUCUGCUUUUAUACAUAUGAGUCUAAUUGUUAUAAUUGAACAAGCUCUUAGAAGUUGGCAAUAAGACUUCAUUAAAACAAGAAAUAAUAAUUUGCUAUUUUGUAAAUUAAUUUUUUUAAUUACUUUGGAGAAUAAAUGACAACUGGUUUCUGUAUUGAUGCCAGUACAAUUUUACAAAAUUAAAUUUUGUAAAUGGUUUUUGUAAAGAAAUAUUUUGUAAUUUAUAAAAUGAAAAUACCAAAGCACCAAAUACUUGAUUAGAUUACACUGAGUUAAACACCUUUGAUCCUUGGGGCUGAAGGGUGUGACAGUGUAAUUGAUCAUUUAUAAGGGAAGUUGUUUUGUUUUCGCUAUACAAUAGUGUGUGCUUUUGUAUUUCUUUUUUAAAACAUUAGCUCAGGUGGAUGUUUUUUGACUGUUAAAAAUAACUUUAAUGAAAACAUUACUUCAGUUGUGAAGAGUUCUUUUAAGAUUUUAUUUUAAUUUUUUUUUAAGAUGUUGGCCUAUAUUGAAUGACAUGCAGGUUUGAUAACUGUCCAUAUACAGAAUGAUCUGUAAAAGAAAUUUUGUGUUGGUUCUAUCCCUUGAGUUCUCUGUAACAAGUCAUCAGCAAUAAAAGCUUUGUUUUUUAUUAAUUCUAAUGUGGACAUAAUUUAGUGAACCUGCACAUCAAAUAUAUAUUGUCAGCAUUGCUUUUGUUUAAUGUCUCAUUUAACAUUUAAUACUGUUUCAGGAUACAUUUGUCCAUUGCAAAAAAAAAAAACUCCUCUACAUUUGCAUAUGAUUGUAGCAUUUUUUAUUUAAUUUUACUGUUUUACAAAUAUCUAAUUUUGGGAGAAAUGAUUUAAUUAUGAUUGUUUAAUAUAUGUAUACACAUAUAUUUUAUAUUUGUAUAUAUCUUGACAUUUUUGUGUAUAAACCUUAUAUUUGUGUAGAUUUUAAAAUGUUGUGGUUUGUAAAAAAAAUGCAGAAAAAAUGUAUGAUUGUUGGCCUCUGUUUUUAGCCACAGUUUUUAAAUCAUCCCAAAAAGAUGAAUAAAAGAAUCUCAAAAAGUUUUUUUUUCAUUUGAAAACAUUUAGUCCACACCUGAAUCAAAGAAAAAAGAAAUUGUAAAGUUUUACAUUUUUUGUUGUUGCCAACAGCUUUAGAAUUUUUUUUAAGGUAUUACAUCGGCAGUCACAUAUGCAUUAAUUUUAGCACCUUGACAGCACAUAUGUACAAAUGUUUAUACAAACAGGUGAUAAACUAAUUCUACAUACAAUUUGUCAGUGUUGGGCAUGAAGGUAACAAUCUGAUAAGUACAUUCAUUUUGAACAUGUAACAAAAACUUAAUUUGAUCAUAUUAUCUUUUUAUAAAAAAAAAAAAAUUGAAUGUAUAUUUAUUUGUUUUUGUAAAGCUAAAAUUUUGUCUAUGUAGAAAAUUUUAAUCUCUGCAAUAAAUAUUCUCCA